AGAACAGCACUAAAGACAUCCGCAUACGAGAUCGCAUAGCAAAUUUCCCAUUGUCCCUGCUUCGAGACGUAACAAAAACAACCAAAGCAUGGCAGAUCAAGCGGAGCUCGUGUUUGUGAAAAGCUUUAUAAACACCAUCUCUUCCCAUCCCGUCAGAUACGUGGACGAUUAUCAGCAACCUCCUCAGAGCACUCUCAAGAAAGUCCCCGUUCUCUCGAUCGACGUUCCACCUGUCCCCGAGCGCAAGGUCAAAGCCCCAUUUCCCUCUGUUGAAGCUAUCAGUGUCACUUUCAAGUCGCUUAAACCACCGCAAUCGUUCACGCUCUCUGUCCAGCCAACGGACACCAUAUCAGAUAUAAAGGCUCAGCUUGCCUCUCAGCCCCGAGCACCACCUGCCGACGCCCAACGUCUUCUCAUCAAAGGCAAAGUGCUAGCUGACGCCAAGCUCUUGAAGGAAUAUACCGUUAAGGAGGGAGAUACCGUCAAUUUGAUGAUCAAGCCUGGCUUUGAUUGGGAUCCUUCAAAAGCACCAUCGCCACCGCCGUCUCUUGAAAUGAAACCAGUAACACCACCCUCAGAGUCCUCAAUGUCCGAUGCAAAUCUUAAACCAGGGCGCAGGCACCAGCGUAUACCUUCUGUCGUCUUGUCUCCUUCACCAUCCAUGGUAUCGUUAGAAUCUGAGAAGCCUCAGGAUAUCAAUUUAACAUUGGACACGUCGUCCAUUCCCACGGCUUCAAUGUCGAAUGCUACACGUUCGACAUACCAAACAACUAUUUCGCAACCGCCGUUCUGGGACCGCCUGUAUUCUUUCCUCAGGACGGAGUUUGCUGCGGAUGGGGAUGCACUGACUGCUUUCGAAGAUUUCCUUCGAGCAAGCAAAGGAGGCUUGACUGCUAGUGAAAUAGCCAAGAUUCGUGACCACGUAGGCGUUGUGGGGAUGGCGGGCACUUGAUUUGAAUGGGUGGUUCUAGGGUUUUAUUGAAGGUUUCCACGUGGCUUUAAGUUCUUGCUCUCCCAUGCGAUCGUUAUCGCUAAGUAAACUACAGCAGGUUUUGGUGUUAUACUUACAAGGUUAAUUCGAUUGUACUACUAUAGACUGCGACGUCGCUAUAAGGCGCGUCAAAUCCCAUUUUAUUGGUAUCUGAUGAUUCCCAA